GAAGUUUAGUGUCUGCUUGAACGGCUGUCUGGAUUUAAUAAAUGGGUCAAAAGAAGAUGUGCAGUGGUGUUCCUAAUAUUUAAAUACCUUUCUACUGAAGUUGAGGGUGACCACAACAGAACAGAAUACCUACUUCCUCUUUGCCUGAUGCUUCAUUUUUCUGUAUUGGCACUCUGAGGAUACCAAAACUGUUCUCACCAAUUCUUUUCUCAUCAGAAGAAGCACAUCACGAAAAUGAAUGAUGUAGAAAACUACACAGACUAUCCAAACGAUCCAUUUGAUUAUGAUCAAAUUCAAACACCAUGUGACAAAGGAGAAGUCAGAAACUUCACAAAAGUAUUUUUGCCAAUUGCAUACUCAAUUAUAUGCGUCUUAGGCUUAGUGGGUAACAUCUUUGUAGUAAUGACCUUUGCUUUAUAUAAAAAACCCAAGUCUAUGACAGAUAUAUACCUCUUCAACAUGGCAAUAGCAGACAUAUUGUUUGUUCUCACACUUCCAUUCUGGGCAGUAAAUUAUGCUGCUGAAAAAUGGAUCUUUGGUGACUUCAUAUGCAAAAUUACCAGAGGUAUUUAUGCAAUCAACUUCAAUUGCGGUAUGCUACUCUUGGCCUUUAUCAGUAUGGACCGAUACAUUGCUAUUGUACAGGCAACAAAGUCAUUUAAACUUCGGGCUAGAACGCUAGCAUACAGUAGUCUGAUCUGUUUGACUGUAUGGAUAUCGUCAAUUUUAAUUUCCUGUCCCACUUUCAUAUUCAGUCAAAGCUACAGCCACUCCAUCAAUGAAACAGAACAGAUUUGUGAACACAGAUCCAACACUGAGACAAAAGGCACUACUUUGAAAUUAUUGCUGCUGAGUAUGCAACUUCUAUUUGGAUUUUUUAUCCCUCUGCUGUUUAUGGUAUUUUGCUAUGCAUUCAUUGUCAAUAGCUUGGUGAAAGCUCAGAAUUCCAAAAGAAACAAAGCAAUAUGUCUGAUUGUAUUAAUUGUGAUUGUUUUCCUGGUUUGUCAGGUACCAUAUAACAUGGUGCUUCUUGUGACUGCCAUAAAUAUGGGUAAAUUGAAUAAACUGUGUGAUAGUGAAAAGCAAAUAGCCUUUGCGAAGUACAUUACAGAAGUCCUGGCCUUCUUCCAUUGUUGUUUGAACCCAGUGCUCUACGCUUUUAUUGGGGUGAAAUUUAGAAGUUACUUUGUGAAUAUAAUGAAGGACCUUUGGUGCCUGAGAUACAAGAAAUACAAGACCAAGAGUUCAAGGAUAAGUUCUGAUACCUAUCACUCCAGGCAGACAAGUGAAAUUAUGAGUGACAAUGUGUCAUCCUUUACUAUGUAAUAUAACUUCAACAUUAUUAUGAAGGAGCUUUGAUUAUAUUCAUUCAACAAUCCAAAUCAAUCUCAUUAUUCAUGUCAUAGCUAGUGAUUUUGACUCUCCAACACCCUAAAUAGUAAUUUCUAUGAUAUACAGCUCCCUCCCUCAAAACAAUUAACAUAAACAGAAGAAUGACACGACUAUGGGAAAAAAAGGGUCCAUCUAGCCCAGUAUCCUGCCUUCUGACAGUGGCCACUGCCAGGUGCCCCAGAGGGAAUGAACAGAACAGGUAAUCAGUGAUCCAUCCCCUGUUGCUAAUUCCCAGCUUCUGGCAAACAGAGUAGAACACCAUUCCUGGCUAAUAGCCAUUGAUGGACCUAUUCUCCAUGAACUUAUCUAGGUCUUUUUUGAACCCUAUUAUGGUCUUGGCCUUCACAACAUCCUCUGGCAAGGAGUUCCACAGGUUGACUGUGUGUUGUGUGAAAGAAUACUUCCUUUUAUUUGUUUUAAACCUGCUGCCUAUUAAUUUCAUUUGGUGACCCCUACUUCUUGUGUUAUCAGAAGUAGUAAACAAUACUUCCUUAUCUACUUUAUCUACACCAGUCAUGAUUUUAUAGACACCAGUCUGAUUUUUCUGAUUAUCUCUUCAAAUUUGGAGAUUAGAUAUGGCUUUUAUUGUUAAUUAACUGUAAAUUAUACAAACAUGAUACAAAAAUACAAAUAUAUAUAUA